AUACGUUAUCAUGUUAUGUUAUUGACCCCUUCGGCGUAUAGUGGUAUGUCCCAUUGCCCUCUCUCCGUGUCUGUCCUCAGCAGCUAGGUUCGUCAGCCCCUGUACUGCUGAGAGGUGAGGCCGCAGCCUGGACACAAUGGUUAAUUUUGUGGGAAUUGUAAGAGAGCACUGGGUUAAUGUCUUGGUUCCUUUGGGCUUUGUGAUUGGAUGGUACCUAGAUCGAAGAAAUGAUGAGAAGUUGAGCACAUUUAGAAAUAAGAGUUUGCUAUUUAAAAGAGAGUUGAAGCCUGGCGAAGAGGUUACUUGGAAAUGAAGAAGACAAAAAAUCUGUGCACAAUUAAAUGUUCUUGUUCAUAAAUAAAGAUGUAUGCUCACAUCGAAAAGACAAAAUUCAUGUGUACUGUAAAUUAUUAUUCAGUAAAAAAAAACUAAUAAAAGUUAAAUCUUUAUUUACCUA